AGGGGCGGGUUUCCGGAGCGGCUCUAGUGGGAAGGCAGGACUUCCGGUAGCGGACCGUAGCUGGCUGCCAAGCGAGCUCGGCGGUGACUCCGUUCGCCUUCGCCACAUCCCGGGAUGUCACAGCUGGGAUCCCGGGGCCGCUUUUGGCUGCAGAGUCCCGCCGGGGGACCGCCCCCUAUAUUCCUGCCGUCGGAUGGCCAAGCCCUGGUCCUCGGUCGGGGACCCCUGACCCAGGUGACGGACCGGAAGUGCUCCCGAAAUCAAGUGGAGCUGAUUGCAGACCCUGAGACCCGGACAGUGGCAGUGAAACAGCUGGGUGUUAACCCAUCAACUGUUGGGGUCCAGGAGUUGAAGCCAGGGUUGUCAGGCUCUCUAAGCUUGGGGGACAGCCUGUAUCUGGUCAAUGGCCUAUACCCCCUGACCCUGCAUUGGGAAGAGAUUAGCACAUCGGGACCCCAGCCAGAUACUCCACCGUGCACUCCUCCGGGGGACCCAGCAGACGGGGAGGAUGCUGAGCCUCAGAAAAAGCGGCAACGGAAAUCAUCCCCUGGCUGGGAGAACUUAAAGAAGUUGCUGGUGUUCACGGCUUCUGGGGUAAAGCCUCGGGGCAAGGUGGCAGCCUUUGACCUCGAUGGGACUCUCAUCACCACGCUUUCUGGGAAGGUCUUCCCCACUGGCCCUAGUGACUGGAGGAUUCUGUACCCAGGGAUUCCAAAGAAGCUCCAAGAGCUGAAUGCUGAGGGCUACAAGCUGGUAAUCUUCACCAACCAAAUGGGCAUUGGGCGAGGGAAGCUGCCAGCAGAGGCGUUCAAGGCCAAGGUGGAGGCUGUGUUGGAGAAGUUGGGGGUCCCAUUUCAGGUGCUGGUGGCAACGCAUGCCGGUCUAACCCGAAAGCCAGUGAGUGGCAUGUGGGACUAUCUGCAGGAGCAGGCCAACGAGGGCAUGCCCAUUUCCAUUGAUGACAGUAUCUUCGUAGGAGAUGCAGCAGGGCGCCCAGCCAACUGGGCACCAGGGAAAAAGAAGAAAGACUUCUCCUGCGCAGACCGCCUGUUUGCCCUUAACAUUGGCCUGCCCUUUGCCACUCCGGAGGAGUUCUUCCUGAAGUGGCCGGAAGCUGUCUUUGAGCUCCCGGCUUUUGACCCGAGGACCAUCUCCAGCUCUGGGCCCCUCUACAUCCCAGAGUCCAGCUUCCUCCUCAGCCCCAACCCAGAGGUGGUGGUCACAGUAGGAUUCCCUGGGGCUGGCAAGUCCACCUUCGUACAGGAGCACCUGGUGUCAGCUGGAUAUGUCCAUGUCAACAGGGACACGCUGGGGUCAUGGCAGCGCUGUGUGAGCUCUUGCCAGGCAGCACUGAGGCAGGGGAAGCAAGUUGUGAUUGAUAACACCAAUCCAGAUGUCUCAAGUCGGGCCAGGUACAUCCAGUGUGCCAGAGACGCAGGCGUGCCCUGCCGCUGCUUCAGCUUCUGCGCUACGCUGGAGCAGGCUCGCCACAACAACAGGUUCCGAGAGAUGACCGACCCCUCGCACGCACCAGUGUCGGACAUGGUCAUGUUCAGCUACAGGAAGCAGUUUGAGCCACCCAUGCUGACCGAGGGCUUCCAGGAGAUCCUUCAGAUCCCGUUCCGACUACGGACGCACGUGGACCCGGCCCUGCAGCGGCUGUACCACCAGUUCCUGGAGGGCUGAACCCACAAUAAACACUGCCACUACCAAUGGCCACCUUGCUGGAGUGUGAGACAAACCUGCAUGGCAUUCUGGACCUGGGCUUAACACAAGGCCUGGGGACUUGAGCAGCCAGGGAGUCAGCAACAGGUGUCAGAACCCAGUUGUGAGUUUGGUCAGAUACUGUAGAUUCAAUGUAGCAAAGGCUGUCACGUGGGUAACUGUAGCCUGAUGAGCCUACCUUCCCAUCUUCUCAGAGACGGUCUAAUGGCACACGAACCCCAAGCUGCCUGACUUAGCAGCUCUGCACAGGGGUGGACCAAUACUGUGUGACCUCUGGACAUACCAAUCUUGCACUGAGUACAGAACUAGACAGCGUGUGGGUUUGAAGGCUUUAUUAGGGAAACAUACAGGGGUGCAAGGACCAUCCUUGGAGACCUCAGGACGCUGUUCUCCAGGUUGCUGGGCAGGUACAGUCCCCAGGAGCCCCUGCUCAGAAGCAUCUGACCUGGGAGGCAGCAGGAGGGGGUGGCUUCUACUCGUGAGACUGCACCUACCCCUAAGGCCCGGGCACCUGUACUCUGCCAGGGACACAGGUCCCAGAAGGCAGUGCCUCAUGUAGCAGUUUCCCCAAUGCCAAGGCCACCCUGCUGCUUCCUGAAAAAAUAAACGCUGCUCACCAGUC